CCUUAAUCAUCUUUGCUUCUCCUAAUACUACUCUUUGCUGCAACUUGAAUUGCUCCUCGAGCCUUUCCAUACCAUCGUACAAUAAAACCUUCACUAUCUUUUCUUCUAUAGUUAACUAUGGCCGAAACAUGUAAAUGCGCUUUCCUUAUUCUUGCAUUUGUUACCUGCUUCCAAAUCCUGUUUAUUGAAGGAAGGUCAAUUAAGCAAACGAAUAAGCAGGAACAUGUUACCAAUGAAAUAGAGCCGCUAAAAGAAACGGCCAACCAAAGUACGAAUACCAACUUGCACCACAACACUGCAAAUAAUCAAAAAGUUUCUCUCCCUUCACCCCCAGUUCACAUUCCGACUGUUCACCAUUCCAAGGCAGGCAGAAAAGAAAUGACCCCUCCUACGGCCCCAAGCUUCAGCGGUUCUCCUGGUGUUAGGCAUCUAAAAACACCGGGGGCUAACUCUGUCACUACUGUGAAAGAUGAUUUCAAACCCAUAACAUCUGGUCAGAGUCCUGGUGUUGGCCACAACAAUGACAAUUCUGUCACUGCUUUCAAAGAUGAUUUCCAACCCACAACACCAGGUAACAGUCCUGGAGUUGGCCAUAUUCUUGUAGAUGAAGAUGACAGUGAAGAUGAUGAUCCAAAGGCACCUGGUACUAGCUCCAGUAAUGAACGUUCUGGUGCAGCAUUCAAACCCACAACACCAGGUCACAGCCCUGGCGUUGGCCAUAUGUCAUCAGUAGAUCAAAGUGAUAAGACUGAUCGAAAGGCAUCCAAAACUGAACUUUCUGUCACAACACCAGGUCAUAGUCCCGGGGUUGACCAUAUUCUUUCAGAUGAAGAUGAAGAUGAUAGUGAAGAUGUUGAUCCAAAGGCACCCGGUACUGGCUCCAGUAUAAAACGUUUUGGUGCAGCAUUCAAACCCACAACACCAGGUCAUAGCCCUGGCAUUGGCCAUAUGUCAUCAGUAGAUCAAAGUGAUAAGACCGAUUCAAAGGCAUCCGAAAUUGAACAUUCUGUCACAACACCAGGUCAUAGUUCCAGGGUUGGCCAUAUUCUUUCAGAUGAAGAUAAAGAUGAUAGUGAAGAUGUUGAUCCAAAGGCACCCGGUACUGGCUCCAGUAUAAAACGUUCUGGUGCAGCAUUCAAACCCACAACACCAGGUCAUAGCCCUGGCAUUGGCCAUAUGUCAUCAGUAGAUCAAAGUGAUAAGACCGAUUCAAAGGCAUCCGAAAUUGAACAUUCUGUCACAACACCAGGUCAUAGUUCCAGGGUUGGCCAUAUUCUUUCAGAUGAAGAUGCAGAUGAUAGUGAAGAUAUUGAUCCAAAGGCACCCGGUACUGGCUCCAGUAUAAAACGUUCUGGUGCAGCAUUCAAACCCACAACACCAGGUCAUAGUCCUGGCAUUGGCCAUAUGUCAUCAGUAGAUCAAAGUGAUAAGAUCGAUUCAAAGGCAUCCGAAAUUGAACAUUCUGUCACAACACCAGGUCAUAGUCCCGCGGUUGGCCAUAUUCUUUCAGAUGAAGAUGAAGAUGAUAAUGAAGAUGUUGAUCCAAAGGCACCCGGUACUGGCUCCAGUAUAAAACGUUCUGGUGCAGCAUUCAAACCCACAACACCAGGUCACAGCCCUGGCAUUGGCCAUAUGUUAUCAGUAGAUCAAAGUGAUAUGACCGAUCGAAAGGCAACCAACAUUGAACAUUCUGUCCCUAGAGUGCCAGAUGGUUUCCGACCCACGGUACCAAUUCAGGGCCCUGGGGUUGGUCAUGUUUUCCAAGCACAAACGAAGAACUAAAAGGCACGGAAUGUGGAUGUCUCAUAUGAAAGGGUAUAUACUAAGGAAUAAACAUAAAGAAGCAUGGACAUAUCGAUUGCAUAUUAAGCAUUAUUAUUUGGUAACUAAGACACGUAAAUGUCAGAUCAGUCACAUAAGUGAUUUCCAUUAAUCCUGUCAAUAUUAUCAAGAUUGUGAAGUGCAUAUUAGAAUCCUUUCAUUCCUAGCUAAGCCCUGUAAAUUAGUUGUCUCUGCAUAACAGUGUAUAGCUAGGGUUGAAUGUAUAAAGCAAUAUGGUCUAUAUAUAUAUAUAUAUAUAUCCAUGUAAAAUAAGCCAUUUCAUAUCCAAAUUUGCUUCAAAUAAAAAUCUUCGUAUUUGCUUA